AUGCAUGACUGCGUUGCACCACUCCCGCUUCUCUCUGCCUCCGAACCCUCCGCUCCCGUGCCCCCACCCUCGCCCCAGAUGGGUCGCGGAGCGCCGCCCAUGCACGCGGCGGGUCGCGGUGGGCCUAUAGGCGCGCCUCCCAUAGGCGGUCCCCCGCAGCCUUCCCCCGGCGGCGGCUUGUUGCCCGGGCCUGCAGGCCGCGGACAGGUAAGCAUUUCUCCGCACCUCCCGACUUCCUCCUCUCCCAUCGCCCUCCCUCCUCUUCCGCGGUUCCACCCCCCACCUCCUUUCGCACCCCCUCCUUCCUGCUCUUAUACUGUCCUUAUUCACACCACCCGACAUCCGCUCGCCCCUCAUUGCAGUUCCAGCCGCCAGGAGCGCCAGGAGCGCCAGGCGCACCAGGAGCGCCAGGAGCUCCUGGAGCGCCGGGAGCGCCGGGGGCACCGCCGGGCGCGCCAGGCGUGGGAGCGCCGCACCUGCCGCCGGGCCAGCAGCCGCCAGGGCAAGUCCCUCCGGGACAGCAGCAGGCGCAGGGGCAAGGGCCGCCGGGAGCGCCAGGCGCGCCGGGAGCACCGGGCGCACCGGGAGCGCCAGGAGCGCCAGGAGCGCCCGGAGCGCCGGGAGCAGCAGCACCAGGGGCGGGGGGACCAGGCGGACCUGCCCCCCCCGGCGCUCCUUAUGGCGCUCGCCCUGGCGGCCCCCCGCUUCCCCCUGGCGCCCCCCCUCAGUGAGAAGCAUUGGUCUCUAAGCAGCAGGCCAUCAUUCCCUGUCGCCUGCUCUCCCCCCGCUUCUCCUUUUACGCAGGUGCCCCUUCCCCAGAUGCCACCUCCCGCCACAACAACGCCCGCCCCCGCGGCCACGCAGGCCGCACCUGGGGGAGGCGCAACUGCCGCUCCAGCAGGCGCCAGCAGCGGCAGUGGCGCUACUGGGGGAGCGGCGUCUGAGUGGCAGGAGUACACUACGCCGCAGGGGCGCAAGUAUUUCUUCAACAAGCGCACGCAGCAGUCGAGCUGGGAGAAACCCACUGAUCUCAUGACUCCCAGUGAGCGUGCCGACGCCACAACGGUGUGGAAGGAGUUCACAACAGCGGAGGGGCGCAAGUACUUUUUCAACAAGAUCACCAAGCAGAGCACGUGGACCAUCCCAGCUGACCUCAAGGUGCGCCAACUGGUAGAUAGAUGUGCCAGAAAGUGUUGCUUCUGUGCGCGCCGCAAGGACUUAACGACAACGACAAGCGGAGGGGCGAAAGUAUUUUUUCAACAAGAUCACCAAGCAGAGCACGUGGACCAUCCCUGCCGACCUCAAGCACCUGUGGCGCCAGCAGUAACACCAGUCAUGCCUGGAGCCCCCGGAGCAACAGCCAUGGUGGGUGGGGUACCCCCGCUGCCCGGCGUCCCCCCACCUGCUGCCACACCAGGGCAGGCAGCAUUGGGGAUGGCAGCACCAGGGGCCGUCCCUCCUGCUGCCUAUGCAUACACGCCUCCUCUCCCCGGGGUGGCGCCAUUGGUGCCAGGUGCAGGGCCGAUGGGGGCUUCCCCUGUGCCGCCUGCUGGUGUUCCCCUGCCUGCUGCUGCUACUCUCACCCCGCCUCUUCCAGCUGCUGCUGCGGCCGCCACGCAGGCGCAGGCACAACCCACUCAAGCUGCACCAGAGGCGAAGGGGGCACCAGCGGUGAGCAAGAUCAACAUAACGCCCAUCACGGAACCCAAGCCCCCCCCUGCUCCUGUGGGCGAGCCUGUCUAUGCCACCAAGCAGGAGGCCAAGGCGGCGUUCAAGGAGCUGCUGGAGGCGGUGGGGGUGACAUCGGAGGGCACGUGGGAUCAGGCGAUGAAGAAGAUCAUCAACGACAAGCGAUACGGCGCACUCAAGACGCUGGGGGAGCGCAAGCAGGCCUUCAAUGAGUACAUAACGCAGCGCAAGAAGCAGGAGGCGGAGGAGAAGCGGCUGAGGCAGAAGAAGGUGCGGGAGGACUUCAUCGCGAUGCUGGACGAGUCCAAGGACCUCUCCUCCUCCAUGCGCUGGCAGAAAGCGGCGCCCUUGUUUGAGAAGGACCUGCGGUGCGUGGCGGUGGAGUCGGAGAGGGAGAGGGAGGAGCUAUUCGACGACUACCUCAUUGACCUUGUCAAGAAGGAGAAGGACCGAGUGAGGGAGGAGAGGAAACGCAACAUGGCAGAAUUCAAGCAGUACCUCGAGACGUGCGGCUACGUCACUUCCGCCACGCACUACCGCAAGGUGCAGGACCGGUUAGAGGAGCAUGAGAGCUGUGCCAAGCUCGAUAAGAUUGACCGCCUUGAAGUCUUCCAGGAAUUCAUUCGCGAGCUGGAGAGGAGGGAGGAGGAGGAGAGGCAGCAGAAGAGGGAGCAACAGCGGCGCCAGGAGCGCAAGAACCGCGACGCCUUCAGGCGGCUGAUGGACGAGCACAAGGCGGCGCUCACCCUCACUGCACGCACCCGCUGGCGCGACUUUGUCAACGUGGUGAAGGACGACCCGGCAUACGUGGCAGUAGCAGCCAACCUGGGCGGGUCGACGCCCAAGGAGCUGUUUGAGGACGUUAUUGACGACCUGGACAAGCAGUACAAGGAGGACAAGGACAAGAUCAAGGACCUCAUCAAGAAGAAGAAGGUGGUGGUGACGUCAGCCACCACCUUCGAGGCGUUUAAGGCUGCUCUCGGCUACGCCCCUCCCCCUCCUCCUCCCCCUGCCCCCGCUGCUGCUGAUUCUGCCACCGCUGCUGCUGAUGCUGGUGCUGGCACGGCAGUAAAGGAGGAGGCGAAGGAGGAGGGAAAGAAGGGAGAUGUGGAGAUGAAUGGGGUGAAAGAGGAGGGGGGCUUGAAGAAGGAAGGAGUUACAGAGGAGGGGGGAGCGAAGGAGGGGGAGGGAGAGGCAGGGAAGGUGAAGGAGGAGCCUCGGGAGGAGGGCAAGGGAGGGGGAGGAGAGGCGGGUGCUGCUGUGGACAACAAGACGACCAUCAAGCAAGAGGAGGGCGACAAGGCAGUGAAGCAAGAGGCGGGCGCGGGCGCGGUGAAGCAGGAGGAGCAGGCGGAGGAGGGCAAGGAGAGCAAGGAGGAGGUGAAGCUGCCGCCACCGCCACCGCCACCACUGCCACCGAAAGCUGAUGAGUCGACUCCUAAGGUCGCCGAUAUGAGCCUCAAGAUAGUGUGGGAGGAUCUGGUGGAACGAGCAGUGGAGAGGGAGGAGAAGGAGGCGCGACGCAAGAAGCGGCUGGCAGAGGACCUCGCGGACGCCCUCAGGGGCGUGAAGGGGCUGACAGGGAGCACCACCUGGGAGGAGGCGAAGCCGCUUGUGCAAUCGCUGCCUGAGUACAAGGCGAUAUCGGAGGAGGCGGAACGGAAGAAGGUGGUGGAGGAGCACGUGGCUCGGCUGCUGCAUAAGGAGAAGAAGAGGGAGAAGGAGAAGGAGAAAGAGAAGGAGAAGGAGAGGAAGAAGAAGGAAGAGAAGGUGCUGUUGUGGCACACUACUUGGAUAAAACUUUGUUACCCCAUCUGCCUGUCGUGCAAUCCUUUUUACCUCUUUCCUUCCCUUUCCACCCUGUUUCCACUUGGCUUUCCUCCUCACCCUCUUUCUUCCACCUUUCUCUCAUUCACUCUCUAUUCCCCUAUGUUGCCCUCUCACUACCUCAUCUUCCGUCCUGCCUGUGCCUGUGCCUGUGCCUGCGCCUGCGCCUGUGCCUGUGUCUGCGCCUGCCUGUGCCUGUGCCUGUGCCUGUGCCUGCGCCUGCCUGUGCCUGUGCCUGUGCCUGUGCCUGCGCCUGCGCCUGUGCCUGUGCCUGUGCCUGUGCCUGUGCCUGUGAAUGUGCCUGCGCCUGCGCCUGUGCCUGUGCCUGCGCCUGCGCCUGUGCCUGUGCCUGUGCCUGUGCCUGUGCCUGCGCCUGUGCCUGUGCCUGUGCCUGUGCCUGUGCCUGUGCCUGCGCCUGUGCCUGCGCCUGUGCCUGCGCCUGUGCUUGUGGAUUUGCAGGCGAAGAAAGAAGAAGAGAAGAAGGAGAAGGAGAAGAAGGAGAAGGAAGAGCGGGAGAAGGAGAAAGAGGAGAAGGAGAAGAGGAAGGAGAGAGAGCGGAAGGAGAAGGAGGAGAAGAAGGAAAAGGAGAAGGAAAAGGAGAAGGAGAGAGAGAAGGAGAAGGAGAAGGAGAAGGAGAAGGAGAAGGAGAAGGAGAAGGAGAAGGCUAAGGAGAGAGGGAAGGAGAGGAAGGGAGAGAGAGCGAGAGAGAGAGCGAAGAAGGAUAAAGGCAUGGAAGCAGAGGGCAGCAAAGAAGGUAAGGGGAAAGGAGAUGAGAAGGAUAAGAAGGAUGGGGCUGAGGACAAGAAGAAGAGAGAUGGGGAGAAGAAGAGGAAGGAUAGGGGGGAAUCGGAUGAGAGCGAGGGAGAGGAGGAGGAGUUAGAGGAGGGAGAGGACAGGCCUAAGGGCAGCAAGCAGGCGAGGAAGAGUGGUGAUGCAUCUGAUGAGGACUGGGAGGAGCGUGAGAAAGCAAAGGAGUUGGAGCGAUCGAAGGCAAAGGAGAAGAGGAAGGAGCACAGGAGGCGGUCUAGGAGGGAUGAGAGUGAGGAUGAGGAUGAGGAGGAUGAGGAAGAGAGGGAGAAGGGUGGGAAGAAGCGAGAGAAGAGGGAUAGGGAGGAGGAGAAGGAGAAGGGUCGAUCCAAGGAGAAGCGAGAGAAGGAUGAGAAGGACGAGAAGGGGAAGGGGAAGGAGAAGGAGAAAGAUAGGGAGGAGAAGAAGAAGGGGAAAGGGAAGGAUGAUAAGGAAAGGGAGAAGGAGAAGGAGAGGAAGCACAGGAGGAGGCACCGGGACGAGGAGGAUGAUGAGGAGGAGGAGGAGGAUGAGAAGGAAUCUCGCAGAUCGAAGCGUAGCAAGGGCAGCAGCGACCACCGGCGGUCCUCCCGCAAGGACCAUGAAAGUGACAGCGAAUCGGAGGACAGCGGGCAUAGGAGCAGGGAUCGCGAGAGGAAGCACCGCAGCAGCAAGUCGAAGAAGUCGUCGCACCGCUCGCGAGCAGACGAGGACCUGGAGGAUGGGGAAGUGGGCACAUGA